GCGGGCGCGUCUUAAUCUCCUUUGGAACGCUGAAGGCGGUGUCUUCCGGAAGGCCUCGCCCGGUGACCUCAGACGUACACUUCCGGGGACGCUAACGUGACCUGUAGUCCCGCCCCCUCCCAUCUCUCUUUCCGGUGGCGGAGUCUGGACGAGACACGCAGAAAUGGCACCUCGCAAGGGGAAGGAAAAGAAGGAAGAACAGGUCAUCAGCCUCGGGCCUCAGGUGGCUGAAGGAGAAAAUGUAUUUGGUGUCUGCCACAUCUUUGCAUCCUUCAAUGACACUUUCGUCCAUGUCACGGAUCUUUCUGGCAAGGAAACCAUCUGCCGUGUGACUGGUGGGAUGAAGGUGAAGGCUGACCGAGAUGAGUCCUCUCCGUAUGCUGCCAUGUUGGCUGCCCAGGAUGUGGCCCAGAGGUGCAAGGAGCUGGGCAUCACUGCUCUUCACAUCAAACUCCGGGCCACAGGAGGAAAUAGGACCAAGACCCCUGGACCAGGGGCCCAGUCAGCUCUAAGAGCCCUUGCCCGCUCGGGAAUGAAGAUCGGACGGAUUGAGGAUGUCACUCCCAUCCCCUCCGACAGCACCCGCAGAAAGGGGGGUCGCCGUGGUCGCCGUCUGUGAACAGGACUCCUCAAAUUAUUUUCUGUUAAUAAAUUGCCUUUGUGACCGCUA